GUGUGUUAUGUCGUUUUUAGGCUGAGUAGAAAUUCAACAAACCGUAAUUAAAUGUGCUGUAAUAAAACUGUGAAAUCAUUUGUGAAUUAAGGCAGAAAAGUUAAAUUGCUUGUAUUUAAAGUUAAUAUCCUGCCAGAUUCUAGCAGUUAAAAUAAACGGACAAAUUGACCUAUAAAACUAUGAUUUCGGCGCUUCUGGGUAUCAACAAGCCCCAAUGACGUGGAAAUAUUUUGAUUAACCACUCUGUGAUCAGUGCAGUUUUAUAAAUACAUCUGGUCUCUUUCAGUAAUACCUAGUAUUAUAUCAAACUAAAAAAAAUGUUCGAGAUAAGUGACACACAAAAAAUCGGAGUUGGUCUGGCCGGUUUUGGAGUAGCCUUCCUAUUUCUGGGAGUUUUGCUUCUGUUCGACAAGGGUCUGCUAGCCAUAGGAAACAUACUUUUCAUCUGCGGACUUGCCUGCGUGAUUGGGUUGGAGCGUACGUUCCGGUUUUUCUUUCAGAAGCACAAGGUAAAAGCUUCGAUUGCGUUCUUCGGUGGCAUCAUGAUAGUUUUGUUGGGCUUUCCGUUGAUUGGAAUGCUGAUCGAAACGUAUGGUUUCAUAUUGUUGUUCAGUGGCUUCUUCCCUGUGGCCAUUAACUUCCUGCGAAGGGUGCCGGUGUUAGGCAGUUUUCUGAAUAUGCCCGGGGUCAGCAAGGUUGUGGAUCGACUCGCAGGGGACUCGAAUCGAACUACGGAUGCAUAUUAAAAUUCUUCCGGUAAAAUGAUUACAAUACUGCAUGGAAAUAACUGAUUUCAUCGAUAUGUCAAAUUUAUUUUAAUUAGUCGCUUGAAACAACAUUUCAGUUCAGUUCAGGUUGUUCAAUAAACAGCACGCGAUACGAAA